AAUGGAUACGUGAAAUUCCUUUCGAAACAAUAUUUAAUUCCAUUCGUUGGUGGUUAGAUAACCCUAUGCCGCAAAAGAAAAAGAAAAAAUUAAUUCAGAAAGUUUACAAUACGACCAAUGAUUAUGAGAAAAUAAACAAAGUUCAAGAUGUUUACUUAAUUUUAGUUCCGUUCAUUUUCGAAUCAAGCAAAGGUUUGUAUACUCUUGAUCUCACAUUUCAACCUGGACAAUCACGUCUACUCAACUUGUUAGAACAAAUAGAAAUAUCCAACGAGUCAUUGAAAUCAAUCACUGAUUUAUACUGCCACAGUAUUAUUCCAAGAAAUUUUUAUGGUGCUCUUAAAAAAGUAACUCGUAAAUUAAAACGACUACAUCUAAAUCAUCCACAACAAGAAGAUGAUGUUAAAGAUUUAGCUGAACUUAUUCGUCACCAAAAAGGAAUUAAAUAUAUAAGGCUUAAUAAUUCUAGAACAAAAAUAUCAAUGUUACUUCAGAGUUUCAGCAGCCAAGCCGCAACCCUAACGACAAUUCGGCUUCAUGCAAUUCUUCUUAUGAACAAGGGACUGGAUGCAUUAGGAACAUUA